GGAUCUAGUUCCCCAACCAGGGAUCGAACCUGGGCCUCCUGCAGUGGAAGCACAGUCUUACCCACUGGACCAUCAAGGAAGUCCCCCCACGAUUUGAUCUUAGAAUAUUUUUGCCCCCAAGAAGAAACCCCUUAACUAUGGCAGUCUCUCCCCUUCCCCCUCAACUUCCUGUCUCCAUGGAUUUGCCAAUCUGGACACGUCACAUGAGUGGAAUCCAACCACGUGUCCUCUUGUGAUUGGCUUCUCUCACUGAGCAUCAUGUUCCCAAGGUUCAUCCAUGUUGUGUCAUGUGUCAGGGCUUCAUUCCUUCUUAUGCCUGAAUUAUAUUCCAUCGAGGGGAGGGACCACAUUUUGUUUAUCCAUUCGUCUGUUGAUGGACAUUUGGGUUGUUUCUACCUUUUGACUAGUGUUAAUAAUGCUGCUAUAGACAUUUGUGUACAUGUUUUUGUGUGGACAUAUGCUGUCAUUUCCCUUGGGUACAUACCUACAGGUAGAACUGAGAUUCUAUGGUAACUCUAUGUUUAAGUUUUUAUGGACCUGCUAGACUAGCUGCACGACUUUACAUUCCCACCAGCAUGUGACGUUCCGACUUUGCCACACCCUCGUCCACACUUGUUAUUGUCUCUUUUGAUUUUAGCCAUCACAGUGCAUGUGAAGUGGAUCUUGUGGUGGUUUUGAUUUGCAUUCUCAUGAUGACUAAGGAUGUUGGGUUUCUCUGCAUGCAAGGCUGUGUUUCACACACAUUCAGCAACCAGGUGUCCCCAUGUAGUCACUUGGCUGGGCUCCUGGGAUGUUGGUAGGACCCAGACAGACACAGCCCUGCCCCACAGAGGGGUACAGACAUGUAAACAAAGCAGGUACUUGCUAAGAACAGGGUCCUGGGACAUCACCCAUAAAAUGCCCCAUGAGCCACAAUCCAGACAGGCCUAAAGGGCAUCUGAGGGAGGGAAAGUCACAGUGAGGCCUUCCUUCCAGAUCUUCGAUAAAAUCAGAGCAGAGAUGCGAGUGUUGGCAGCCUGUUGGAGUUGGUCACAGAACAUAACUAUUCUUUAACCAUGCAGCGUGUUGCUUGUGGGAUCUGAAUUCCCCCACCUGGGGACUGAACCUGGGCCUUUGGCAGUGAGAGCUUGGAGUCCUAACCACUGGACCGUCAGGGGAGUCCCAGAGCAUAAAUAUUCUUAAUCUUAAAGUUGACAGCAGACAUGGCAGGGGUCCGGAGAGAUGGCCGAGCCUCCUGGAUGGAUGGUCACAGGUCCCAGGACCGCAGUGCGAACUUGGGCUGUGUGGUGACUGCAGCCACAUUCCAUCCCCACCCCUGCCUCCAGGAUCCCCCGUUAGACGGGUGACAGCCUUGCAAAAACACGACGGGACACGGGAAGGUCGAGCGCUGGAGGCUGGGGAGGCUGGGGAGCCGGUGUCUCCUGGAUGCAGAGAUUGGUGUGGGAAGGCUAGGAAGUCGCGGGGGGGGGGGCGGGCGGUGGUUUGCACAACAGUGUGAACGUACCUAACGCCACCGCACUGCGCCCUGAAAACAGCCAGAACGGCAACUUGGAGCUUGUGUGCUCUUUGCCACAAUGAUAAUGGAAAGGUCGUGCUCACUCUGGGCUCUGACGCAAUGAAAACGAAGCCAACAGCGUAGCCGGGAUCGGCUGGUCCGGCGAGGUCCCGCCCCGCCCGGACGGCCACCUGCGCCCCGCUACGGCCUCACCUCCGUGCCAGGCUGCUCGGCCCAGUUCGGGCGCACAGCCCGGGCCGCGCGGGUGGAUCCACGGCCAUCGCCGCGGGAGCCGCGGGCGGCGGAGCGGAGCCGACAGAGCCACCGGCCCCGGGACCAGCCGACCCACCUGGACACCCCGCACCCCGGACCCGGGGGACACCCCCAUGGCCGCGCGGGGCCCCGAAGCCCCCAGCGGGCGCGCGCUGCGGGACGCGGCAGAAAAUCUAUUUCAGGAACUUCAAGAACACUUUCAAGCUCUGACUGCAACGUUAAACCUGAGAAUGGAAGAAAUGGGAGGCCGCAUUGAAGACUUGCAGAAGAAUGUGAACGACUUGAUGGUGCAAGCUGGGAUUGAAAGUUCUGCUCAAGAGCAAAUGGCGAGGCCUUAUUAAGGCACUCAGGUGUUCACCGUUUACAUAUCUUCUGCUUUCAUCUUGAAACAUUUAAGCCCAUAUUUGUUCACUAAGGGAACUACUGCUUCUGCACUACAUGAAAAACCUUCAGGAAUAAUAAAAAAAAUUCACAAAUGCUCUUUUCUAAAUAGAACAGA